GAAGCCUUGGGAUGAGUGAUGGUGGUGCGCCCCGGCAGCCGCGUGACCGUGGUCGCUGGGUCACCGGUAUCCGCGUGGGAGCCUCCCGGGGAGUUUCCGGGAUGCCGCCGUCGCGCCCUCCCUCCAGGGGAAUUUCCGGGAAGCCGCCGCCGCCCCGCGAAUCGCGACCACAAAGCGGCUUGCUUUACCCACAGAGACCAACUGACCUCACUCUCGCGGGCGACGUGUGGCGGCGGCUGGCGAACGAGAGCGUCGGCGGCGGCAGAGGUCAGCCUCCGAUCCCCUCUAUUCUCCCCGGCCUUCCCCGCUCUCUCUCCUCUCGAAUCUCCUACGUCGCGGCGGCCACGGCUGGAUUCGCCCGGCUGCGGCCCGGCGGAUUUUGGGGCCGCGGGUGUCUCGGCGAAUUUGGGGUCACGGCGGUCCGGUGGAUUUCGGGGGGCGCGGCUGUCCCGCGGAUUUGGGGGCGCGAACGACGGGGCCGGAUUUUGGGGGCGCUGCGGUGGCGGGGAUCUGAGGGUGAGCAAGGACAAGCACCCGCUAACCACCCGACAAAAGAUAAAAAAGAGCCUACUGACCAGAUGGAGAAAGGAGCCGGAAGAUCCUGAAAAGCCGGAGAGGCUGAUCGUCUACGAGUACAUGGAGAAUGGCACGCUCCAGGACCUCCUGCGUCCUGAUGACGGCUCCUCCAUGCUGUCGCCAGUGACGGUGUCCUGGAAGAUGCGCAUCAAUGUGCUCCUUGGCGUGUCACACGCCAUCGAGCACUUACACUGUCAUGCCAACCCGCCGAUCAUCCACCGGGACAUCAAGUCAGCUAACAUCCUUUUUGACGCCAGUUGGGUGCCUCGUUUGUCAGACUUUGGCUCCUCGGUUGUAUGGGACAUGGCAACUCAGGAGGAGGGGAUGGAGGUCGCAGUUAUAGGCACAUUUGGGUACCUCGCCCCUGAGUACCACUUUUAUGGUCUUCUGAAGCCGGCGAGUGACGUGUACAGCCUGGGCGUGGUGAUGCUCGAGGUUCUGACAGGGAAAAGUGCAUAUUCUCAAUUGAAGGAUGAUGGGACAGGUGGACCUUUGACAGACUUCGCACUCCCCAUCAUUGAAGUCGGUAAUAUUGAGGAGUUGUUGGACAGGCGACCUGUACCGGAGCCAACGCCUUGGCAGCUGCAGGCGAUGAAACGUGUGGCGCAGAUUGCAUGGUGCUGCGGGAAGUUGGAUGCGAAGGACCGGCCGGUCAUAUCAGACAUUGUUGCCAACCUCGAGAUGGCGUAUGAGUUACUCUGCAGAGACGAGCACGGUUCAGUUGACGAGCCAUGUUUGUGGCCCUUCGUCGAACAAGUUGACCUCCCACUGGAGUCACCACACUCCAGGAGCUCGUCAUCGGCAGGCUACCAUUCCGAGCUGGAAUCUGAGGUGUUGGAGGAGGGGCGUUGACAACAAUUGUUGAAGGCGUCCUCUGGAAGGUGGUUCUCUUAAUACACUGAUGAAGGUGCAUUAUAACGCUUGUUGUUGCUGGCAGUUUAGGAAGAGCUUGGGAUGGACCCCCCAGUGUAGUUUCAGUUUGCUUCCUCACCACCCACACUAUAUAUUCUCGUUUUAUUUUUGAAUGUCGAUAUUUUUUGUUAAAGUUGCA